CAGGACAUCAUAGCUGACGGAGAAGAUGUUUUGAUUCUAAUGUUUUGACUUGUCAGUACAUCGUUCUCAAAAUGUAUGCUGCCGCGACGGAGAGUUUAAUAAAGCAGGCAAGAGAAAUAAAGGAGGAAGAUCUGCAGAAGUUUUGUGGGCGCAUCAUUAAGCAGCUGCACCCUAAAGAGCUGGGUGGAGAGACUGUGGACUCCCUUCAGAGGCUUCAUCUGAUAGUUUCUGCCAAUAAAUAUGCCAGAGAGCUUCCAUCUGAUCUGGUGAUGAAGCUGCAGACGGUUCUUCGCUCUUCAUCAUGCCCAGAGCAGCUUCAGGUUCUGUCCUCUUCCAUACUGCAGGAGAGCUUCCCUCUCAGUGUGCACAGCCUCUGCUCGGAUCUCAGCCAGGACAGCAGAGCCAUCAGCCAUUUGGCAAGCGUUGUGCUCUCUCAGGCUGGAAAUAAAGAAGAUGUGAUUCCCCUGUGCCACCAUUUGCUGAGAAGUCUUGAGUCACGGCUUUCCGAGGGGCAGAUUUCCAAACAUGCUCUUCCCAUCCUCUCCAAAAUUAUUAGUGUAUAUCCAGAGAUUCUCACAGAUGAUCAGGUGAAUCUGGUCAGCCGUAAGCUAGUGGAUUGGUUGCGAUAUGCAAGUAUGCAGCAGGGAGCAUCCAUGUCUUCUGGGGGAUUUUUCAGUGGACCAAGAACACGUCAGCCAGCACCUCUGACAGAAGUCGAUGGGGUGGUAACAGGGGAUUUCUUCACUGUACUGUGUGUGGGUCAGAGCUACACUGAGGAUCAGUGGAUGAAUAUGUACACUUUCUCCAUGAUCAAGAGCUGGUUGCUCACUUAUGACAUGGAUGGGACCACAAAUGCAGAAUCAGCUCCACUAAUAGGAACACAGGUCAUUCAAUCACAGCACCAAGAUGAUCGCUCCGAGUUGGACAGUUCAGUGAUGUCCAUGGUGUCGGCCACAUCCUCCUCCAGCAGACUGCUUCCUCCCAAAGAGAGACUCAGAGAGAAGGCGUUUGAGUACUGCCAGCGUCUCAUUGAACAAAGUGACCGCAAGGCCCUGAAGAGGACUGAUACAGAGCUACAGAAAGCAUGCAUUGUUGAGUCCGUGUCAAUAAUGGACAUCAUCUGUGGUGAAGACCCCUCCUAUGUGUACCGUGCAUUCCCCAGUAUCAAAGCCCUAUACAGAAGACUUAAUGGAGACCUUGCCCAAGCUCGAGCCCUUCUACCUAUUGCUCAGUUCUACCUCAACCAUAGCGAGACGGCCGCAGUGGACUCGGAGGCCGUGUUCAGUCAGCUCUUUAGACACUGUCCCGCUGAGCAGUUCAACGAGCCCAUGCUAGCCUUUGAGUUUAUCCGGUUCUGUCUUCUCAACGCCAGCAUGCUGCAGGACAGAGUCGCCAACUACAGGCAGAGCUUCCCCAACCUCCUAAAGUUCUUAGCUUGGAACAGCCCAGGAUUGAUCACUGAGUUUGUUGAGCUGCUUCCAUCACUGGUAGCUCCUGAUACAGCCAUUGAGUUACUGCACACACUCCUGGAUCUGCCUUGCUUAGCAGCAGCCUUGGACCUCCAGCACAGGUCAGCAUGCUAUCAGGCUUCGGACCAUAGCACUUGGGGCCAGCAGGGGGCAAAAAUGGCUGCUUGUCUAGAUGCUUUCCGUCAGCCUUCCUAUAGGGGGCUCUUUCUCUACAUCCUCAGACCUGAGGCUGGGACUGGAGACACAAUAGACAGGCUAAAAAUGCUUCAUGAGAUUGUGGCUGACAUGGCAGAGAGUCCUCGUGUUGUUCGGUGUGCCCAGGUCGUCCCUGUGCUUCUGCGCAUAUACUUCAACACAGUCAUUCAGAUAGCUGAUGAGAAACUGAUGAACCACCUGCUGCUGGUGCUGCUGGAGAGAAGCAGUCUGCUUUACAACAUCAAGACAUUUAACACUGAGGUCCAAAAACCAGAGGACAUUUCUUCUUUGUCCCCAUUUGCACUUGCAAAUUGUAGUCUGGCUUUUUUAUGGUGGUUUUGGAGCAGUAGAUUCUUCCUUGCUGAGCAGCCUUUCAGGUAUUUGCACUUUUUACACCAAACUACGUUCAUCUCUAGGAGACAGAAUGCUUCUCCUUCCUGAGCGGUAUGAUGGCUGCGUGGUCCCAUGGUGUUUAUACUUGCAUACUAUUGUUUGUACAGAUGAACGUGGUACACUUCAGGCAUUUGGAAACUGCUCCCAAGGAUGAACCAGACUUGUGGAGGUCCACAAUUUUUUUUUCUGAGGUCUUGGCUGAUUUCUUUUGAUUUUCCCAUGAUGUGAAUCAAAGAGGCACUGAGUUUGAAGGUAGGCCUUAAAAUACAUCCACAGGUACACCUCCAAUUCAGUACACUUCCCAUCAGAAGAUAAUUGUCUAAAGGCUUGACAUCAUUUUCUGGAAUUUUCCAAGCUGCUUAAAGGCACAGUUAACAUAGUGUAUGUAAACUUCUGACCCACUGGAAUUGUGAUAUAGUUUGUUAAAAGUGAAACAAUCUGUCUGUAAACAAUUGUUGGAAAAAUUACUUGUGUCAUGCACAAAGUAGAUGUCCUAAAUGACUUGCCAAAUCUAUAGUUUGCUAACAUUAAAUCUGUGGUGUGGUUAAAAAAAAAAAAGAAGAGUUUUAAUGACUUCAACCUAAGUGUAUGUAAACUUCUGACUUCAACUGUAACACUUAAAUGAAAUUGUAUAUGUACAUGAGUAAAUG